AUGUCUUACGGUGGCGGAUACUCGCGCGGCGGUGACUCCUACCGCUCUCGUGGUGGAGGCUAUGAAAAUGGCUACUCGAACGGUGGCACCAACGGCUACGGCGGGGGCUAUGGAGGUGGAGGCUACGGUGGUGGCCGUGGAGGCGGUUACGGUGGCGGCGGUGGAUUCGGUGGUCAGGGUGGUGACCGCAUGUCCAACCUGGGCGCCGGCCUCAAACAACAGGACUGGGACCUGAACUCCCUCCCCAAGUUCGAGAAGUCCUUCUACAAGGAGCACCCCGAUGUCUCUGACCGCUCUGAUCGCGAUGUCGAAGACUUCCGCAAGAAACUGGAGAUGGCUGUGCAGGGUCGUAAUGUCCCUCGCCCCGUUGAGACCUUCGAUGAGGCUGGCUUCCCCCAGUAUGUGCUCUCUGAGGUGAAGUCCCAGGGCUUUGAUCGCCCGACUGCAAUUCAGUCCCAGGGCUGGCCCAUGGCUCUCUCUGGUCGUGAUGUCGUUGGUAUCGCCGAGACCGGUUCCGGAAAGACCCUUACCUACUGUCUUCCUGCCAUCGUCCACAUCAACGCCCAGCCCCUCCUUGCCCCGGGUGAUGGUCCGAUUGUUCUCGUCCUCGCUCCCACUCGUGAGCUGGCUGUGCAGAUCCAGGCUGAGAUCACCAAGUUUGGCAAGUCUUCCCGGAUUCGCAACACUUGUGUCUACGGUGGUGUCCCCAAGGGUCCCCAAAUCCGUGACCUGUCCCGUGGUGUGGAGGUCUGCAUUGCCACGCCCGGUCGUCUGAUCGAUAUGCUGGAGGCUGGCCGCACUAACCUCCGCCGCGUCACUUACCUCGUCCUGGAUGAGGCUGAUCGCAUGCUGGACAUGGGUUUCGAGCCCCAGAUCCGCAAGAUCAUUGGCCAGAUUCGUCCGGACCGUCAGACUUGCAUGUGGUCGGCCACCUGGCCCAAGGAGGUUCGCCAGCUUGCCUCGGACUUCCUGAACGAUUACAUCCAGGUCAACAUUGGUUCGAUGGACUUGUCUGCUAACCACCGUAUCACUCAAAUUGUUGAGGUUAUGUCGGACUUUGAGAAGCGCGACCGCAUGAUCAAGCACAUGGAGAAGAUUAUGGAGACCCGCUCUAACAAGGUUCUGAUCUUCACCGGCACCAAGCGCAUUGCCGACGAGAUCACUCGUUUCCUCCGUCAGGACGGAUGGCCCGCACUUUCCAUCCACGGUGACAAGCAACAGCAAGAAAGAGACUGGGUUCUGAACGAGUUCAAGCAGGGCAAGAGCCCCAUCAUGGUGGCCACUGAUGUGGCUUCCCGUGGUAUUGGCGCAUCGGGUCAACUCAAAUGGUUCUCAUGCCAGGAGGACCUUGGACUCACAGUGCAGCAUGUUCGCGACAUCACUCAUGUGCUGAACUAUGACUACCCCAGCAACUCGGAGGACUAUGUUCACCGCAUUGGUCGUACUGGUCGUGCCGGUGCCAAGGGUACUGCCAUCACCUUCUUCACCACUGACAACUCUAAGCAGGCUCGUGACUUGGUCACCAUCCUCACCGAGGCCAAGCAGCAGAUCGACCCCCGUCUCGCUGAGAUGGUUCGCUACAGCGGUGGCGGCGGUGGUGGUCGCUGGGGCGGUGGUCGUGGCGGCUGGGGUGGCCGUGGCCGUGGCCGCGGCGGCGGUUUCACUGCCUCCAACGCUGCACCCAUCGGUAGCAACCGUCGCUGGUAG